CUGCAAGCAAAAUAAAGCGCUUAUCACUACUGCAGAAAUAUGGAGAACAUGGGGAGACUUGUGCUUCUGAUGACAAUUUUUUGUGCACCUAUGACAAAUGCAAUACUUAUUGAAGGUAUUGUUGGAGGUGCUUUUCUUGUAGGUGGCUAUUUGGCGCCUAAAAUUUAUUGUCAUUUCACUGAAUGCUGUCACAACAAGUGGAUUAAACCCAACAUAACGGGUUUACAGACAGCCCUUCGGACGCGUGUUUUUGGUCAACACUUGGUCACUGAUACCGUUGUAAAGGCUCUUGUUGGACAUUUGAACAACAAGUCACCCAAUAAAGCGUUGGCGAUUUCCUUCAACGGCUGGACAGGAUCAGGAAAGAACUUUGUGAGCAAAAUCAUUGCCGAACAUAUCUUCAAGAAGGGAUUGGAGAGUGAUUAUGUUCAUCUGAUCAUAGCUACCCAUGAAUUCCCUCAUCAGUUCCAAGUAGAAUUUUACAAGCGACAGCUGCGCAAUCGAGUGGUAAGUUCUGUAUCAAAUUGCCCCAGAUCGCUGUUUAUCUUCGACGAAAUGGACAAAAUGCCGAUAGGCCUCGUAGAUGUGCUUAAACCCUUCUUAGAUCACUACCCCCCUGAUGAAGGAAAGAUCGAUUACCGUCAAAGUAUCUUCAUAUUCCUCAGCAAUACGGGGGGUCAUCUUAUCAACAAUGCUGUUCUAAAACACUGGAAAGACGGAAAGAAGCGAGAAGAUAUCAAGAUCAAAGAGAUGGACAAAGUCAUCAAUCUCGGUGAAUUUAAUAACAAGGGUGGAUUUUGGCAUUCCUCUCUAAUUGAAAAAAAUCUCAUAGAUUACUUUAUUCCAUUUAUGCCGCUGGAGAGAUCUCACGUUAAAAAGUGUGCUCAAGCCGAUUUAGAGAAGAAAGGACAUCCAGUAACAGAUUCCAUCCUAAAUAGAAUAGCAGAUGAGUUGUUAUACUUUCCAGAAGACCUAAAGGCCUUUUCUGAAUCUGGUUGUAAGAAAAUUUCAAGCAAAGUUGACUAUGUGAUGGGGUAAGGGAUUUUAAAAACUUUGCAGUUUGGACAUAGUAAGCAACAAGUGAGGUUGACAUAAUGUGUAGAUGAUUAAUAGAAACUGGUUUUUGAAGAAAUAAUAAAACCUUGUCACGUAGACUUACGGUAGUGACUUUCCAGUAGGUGUGACCUAGCCUUUCAAACUUUCAAGCUUUAGAAAUGGGUGGGGUGGGUAAGUUCAGCAGAGGGUAAAGAUGGAGGAGUUGGGAGUAUAUUUUAAAUACAAAGAAGAUAAUUAUGCGAUAACGAAAAUAGGUAUCUCAGAGAGAACAAGAGAAUGAAGCCCUGGUGUAAUAAUUUAAUUUACUGCCCUCAUUCUUAUAAGCCCCCCCUCUCCAAUAAGCACUCUUGUUUAAUUUGUUUUUGUUAAUAAGGGCCCCUAUUUAAUAAUCACUCUCAUUUCAUAAAUGCCCUUAUAGCAAUAAGUGACCCUCUUCUGUUUCAGUGAUGGGACUGCAGAGUACAACUACACUAAGAUCAACCACAGUUCAUCUUUCUUUAAUUGCUCAAGUAGAGCCUCAUUUCAAAAACAGUGGUCUUCAUCUCAGUAUCUCAGUUAUUAUGUUUACCUUAGUGCACAGUUCUUC